AUGACUCGCAAAUUCCUCAACGUUCAGCGUUGGUGCGUUCUUACCCUAGAGCCUUACAGAGACGAGCAAGGUUAUGCCCGGAGCUCGUCAGGAGUGGAAGGUGCACAUGUCAUUCCAGCCUCCAUCUCAGCCCAAGAGAGGGCCAAACUAGAACGCAUAGUCGGAGUGGAUCCAGGAAAGCUCAUGCUGGAGAACCCUUUGAAUAUCAUUCCGCUGCGUGGCGAUUGGCAUAUGGGCUACGAUGGGGGUCAAUGGAUUCUCCUUCCGCACCAUCCAGUGCUAUUGGCCAUAGCGGAGGGGUUUGCGAAAGGCAACAAUCCGAUUCGUUGGGGUGAUAGACAAUGCACGAAUCUUAAUUUCGAGCUGCAUCACUAUCAAUUUGUUCCUUUCGGCCAGCGCGCGAAAAGUGUGCCUCUCUUUCGUCGCAAGUUCGAGGACCCCGCGCUCUACGAUCGUCUCGUAGAGGAUGAUUGUGACAUUUUUUCGCCACCGGAUUUCGACCAGUAUCCUGUCAUACGUUCGACUGCGCAUCCCUACGCCAUCAUCUGGAAGGCUGUGUACGAAUUCGGCGAACGAGAGCUGGUCGACCUUCACCCGUCGCAUAUUACAUCUAUGAUGACUGCCCAGGGCAUCGUCGCUCUAUGGAAAUCUCGGUUCAAGCAGCCUCUGCCAACUCUUCCUCAACCUGGCUCGGGUCCUGACGCCGAUGGUCAACACCGCUCUCCGGCGCCUUCAACUGGCAGUAGGCGGUGGAGUCGUGGCAAACGAGAUGACCAUGGUCAAGAACACUCAACCCCAACGGGACACCCUUCCUCUGAAGAGCCGGCCGGCCAGGACUCGGAGUGGCUGGCUGAUACACCAUCAGAUAUCGCAUCGUCUCACUAUGACUUCACUCCUCCUCCGCUUCCUGAUCGGGAGGUCUGGAUCGAUGAAAAGUCUGUUGAUGAGCAAGAACACAGACCUUCGAGCCUGGCAGCUUACUCUCCACCCGACGUCGAUGCAUGGCGAAAGGUAUCUCAAGAUUCACCCGUUCAUGUGAUCAUUAACCGUGAAUCGUCCCCCUUCGUGUACAACGACGCCACGCCUCUUGUUGGGCAGACCGAAGAUUAUCAAGAGAAAGCGGCGACACCUCCUGCCGGCGACUGGACUGAGUGGUCUCCCGAGUAUCUUCGCCGCAUUGGGCAAGACGGCGUCAGGCAACUUUUAGAGGAAUAUGCCAUGCACCAGGAUUGA